CACCACCAGAGGUCGCAUCAUCGCCGCAACACUCCGUCCCGUCCGACCUCACCUCCCGCCCCAUCGUCGACGGGGGCGCAAUGCCGCCAUGCCACGCCCGGUCACAAGCAACCGCGCCGAGACCCGGUGGACGGUGCGCAUCAUCCCCUUCUUCAUAGCGGCUGCAUUUGGAUUCGCCACCUUCGUUGUCGUCCCGCAUCUCUGUAUCAACUACUUGUAUCGGCAGGAACAUAAGACGGGUAUCGCGAUAACACUCAUUGUGUUGUGGUUUGUCUUCUUCAUCCUCACCAUCGCGGCGUACCUCCGAACCUUCUUCACGGUCCAAUUUAACCCGGGUCUCGUCCCACUCUCUGCCGAACGACAAGCGAUCGAAAAGGGGCGCAAGAACAAACGAUAUCGAGGAGGAGACAUCGAAACGCACCCAUGGGUUCCGCCAGACUCAAACCCCGACAGCCCUGGGCUCGAGGCUUUCUAUAGCAAGGAUGUGUUCGUUUGCGAACUCGAUGGCCGACCGAAAUGGUGCUCCGACUGCCAAACAUGGAAACCGGAUCGUGCUCACCAUUCAAGUGAGAUUGAUCGUUGCAUCCGAAAGAUGGAUCAUUUGUGCCCAUGGGUUGGCGGUGUCGUAUCCGAGACCUCGUUCAACUUCUUCGCGCAGUUUACCUUUUAUUGUAGUAUAUGUUGUAUCAUAUGCAUUGCAACAGCUGCAUAUUCGUUGCGAUUGCAGCAAAACGAAGAUCGGCCCUUGGAUGGUCGAAUUGUCGCUGGCAUUGCUCUCGGAUCGUUGUUUGCGCUCUUCACGAUUGCCAUGACUCUCACCUCAGCUCGUUUCAUCGCCACUAAUAUCACGAACAUCGACAUGCUGAAGAAGAGCCAGUCUUUCCGAUUGGCCGUACGCGUGCCCCAGAACAGCCCGUCGACACAACGAUACCAGACCAUCACUUACCCGCUCGCAAGUCCUGCUUGGGGACAGAGUGGUGUCCCGAUGAAUCAUAUUCCUCGUAUUUCGAUGGGCACCAUGAGCCCAGCGUCGCCUAGGGAUGAGCAGGCUAAAAGGACGUUCGCCAUCCUCGCGACAGAGCCCGGAGAGAACCCAUGGGACACUGGAGUUUGGAAGAAUUGCAAGUCCGUCAUGGGCAAUUCCAUAUUGGAGUGGCUACUCCCUAUCUGGCAUUCACCUUGUUGCAACCACGACAGCAUGGAGAGCGACUAUGAAUUUGGGCCCGUUGUAGAGAAGUUGAAGAAACGCUAUGGCAUCCCCGAUAGUGGAACCCCGGCGGCGGAUGGAAUUGAAAUGCGCAGUGCUGGAGCAUCGAGGCACUAGGCCCCGAUAUUGAUACCCCCUUGAGUUGGCUGGUCCUGGCGUAAGGUAAACACGGAAGAAACAUCGCGUGCAUAGCGUAUUGGAUGUGCAAUAUAUGGGUUGUUGAGCUUAAUGGCGGGCUUGUAAAUAGGAAAGCUUGUAAUGUGUGGGAUUGUGUGGACUGUAGAAGAGAAUGCUAAGGCGCCUUGAAUUUGUCAUUAUGGAUUGGUGUAAUAUUAUUCCUGGG